CCCAUGAGGACGGCUCUUUAAAUUGCCUACAAACUCCUUGAAGCUGGCGCCUUUUCUUUUUCUCAGAGAAAAAAACGCACAUGCUCUUCUUUCUGCUUUCUUUUUUUUUCUUGUUGUUGCUGGCAUUGGACCUGCAUCAACCUGCUUCAAUUGUAUCCUGGUACAUGUCUUAAAAUCUUUGCACUUCUCUUCUCUACUGUAUUUGUUUUACGUUGCAUACACUGGGAUUUAAAGGGGCGGGCUAUGUGUUGUCUCUGUCGAAUAAGACAGGAGCUUUAAAAGCUUUAACCGGUAAGAGAGGCAGACGAGAUUGUUCACUCUUUCGUUUCUAUUUGGUCAGGGCCAUAUUCUUCAAGUGAUAAAGGAUAGUAAGGAAACAUGAGUGACAAGGGAACUGUCUCUCCAAAAGAGAAAGAGGGGGCAGAGAAGAGGGGGCGCGGAAGACCUCGGAAACAGCCACAAGCAAAAAGUUCAGAUGAGCCCAGUGGGUCCCCUACUCCAAAGAGGCCCAGGGGAAGGCCGAAGGGUAGCAAAAACAAGACAACCACCAAGGGCAAGAAGGCACCAGCAUCCUCACCUGCAGGAAUGAAACGAAGGGGAAGACCGAAGAAGGAGAAAAAAGAAGAAAAGACAUCACAGGAGUCAUCUGAUGAAGAGGAAGAGGAAGAAGAGGAAGACCAGUAACUUGCACCCACGCUACCUCACUCAACAUACUGACUUCCCAUUAAGCAGAGCUGGACUGAAUUUCCAAUACCAGUGCCACACCAACCUCCACUGUUCACUUCUUGCCUUCUAGCUAAAAGAGGGUCAACAUACUUCAUCAGAUUUAUCUGUAACAGCACUGUAUAAACAACGGACCUUUUACAGUAUCAAAUCAUCAGACAGGUUACAGUUCUCUCUCCAUGCGUAAGUUGUGGUAUUUGCAAGUAUUUUCUACUGGACAAAAGUAUGCUCUGAGGAGAUUUUGGACCUUUUUUUCCGAAAGACGGUGUGUAGGACCUUUUCUCCGCUUAACGUUACAAGUUUUUCCAUGUACCCUUAUCUGAGAUGUUAGUACAUAUAGACUUUCUCCAAGUUUUAUACUGGACAAUGGUGGAUUUUACCUAUACUUGCUGUUCUGUUUUGUGUGUGAAGUGGUUAGUCUAUCCCUUAUGCCUACUUAUAGGUACGGGAGCUGAUCGUCAGGAUGUAUAGUAAAAGAAUACAAUAGGUUAUUAUAGACGUAUUAUUCAUGUCUAAUCUGUGUAUCUGACCUCUACCCUACUAUUCCAUUAAUAGUGCAGAAUAGAAUUCUUCCCAGAACUGACCUUUGUGAUAGACGUUUCUCUCCUUCUAUGGGCUCUACUGGGGAAGCUUGUAUGAAAUGUUUUACUUUUUAUCCACAGAUCCACAUAUUAGUCAUGUCCGACCGACCGUUUUUAUUCUGUUCCUCUGAGUUAUAACAUGUAAUUAAAGCCAGAGACAGUAUGCUGCUUUUACUUUGAUGAUAACUCAACAUCAGUGACAGUGUCAUGGUUAGGCAAGCGACAAGUUGAGAAUAACAUUUAUCUCAUCACUUCAGGGAGCUUUCAUUAACUCUGCAUUAACUGUUCUCUGUUUGGUCCUACAGUUCGACCGUAUUUGCUGCGUUCUUUGAUAGAUUCAAGAAGCAAAAAGUAAUUCUGCAAACUUGGAGCUUAAUUGUUACAGAGAGGUUAUUGUCAUUGUAUCCCCAGUGGGUCUAUACAAUAGUCAUUCCAUUUGAUCUCUCGCUGCUUUACAUACCGAAGUAUCUAUGUCCGGAAGUUGAUGUAGUAUUUUUGUCUUUGUGGAUGCAGAGUCUGUUGUCUGAUCCAGAAACAAAUGUUUGUCUUGUUUAUGUUUGCUCAGUGUCAGGGAACUCUUGAUCACAGUCCAGUUACUGGGUUUUAUCCUCAAACCUAAGCUGCUACAACCUCAGUCAUAAACCCGGAAAACUGCAAACGGGCCACACAGGCCCUGGACUCUCAUACCUCACACAACAGCUGACUUCACCAUAUUAUUGCAUUCAACUGGUUUCAAUUGUACAAUGUAAUCUCUGACUAGUGAGUGAGAGAUGUCUGUAUUGAAUAGUGUGUGUAUUUUUUUUAUCUUACUGUAAUUAGGUAUUCUAAGAUGACUGCCUAGCUUGUUAAGUGCGCUCACACACACCGCUCAGCUCUUCUUGUUUUAUGAAUAGAUCUUACAGACAAGUUGUUAAAACGUGUGUUAAGUCAGGGAGACCUGUCAGCCUGGCAAACUGUGUUCACUGACUGUGGUAGAUUAGCAGGUGUGUUUUGAUCUUUUUUUUAAUAAAUUCUCUUCUGGUGCACUGAAAUGUUUGCUUGGUUUAGAGUUUCAUGGACAAUAUUGUUAAUGUCUCUAUGUUUAGUGACAAGGACUGGGCACUCUAUCCAAGUUAGUAUGUCUUCAGCCUCCGUGCGUUCCGUGCUACAGGGCUCUACAUCAUGUUCAUUUGGACAGUGGUUAUUUCAUAAUCAAUUAAAGACAGUUCUGACAAUGUACAAUACCCCAAAGUCAUCAAUGUAUGUUCAUUUAUAAAAAGUCUAUGGGAAGGGAGCAUUCUUUAAAAUGUACAUUUUCUAUAAAUGUACAAGGUCUAUAUUUCUAUGGUGCCCUAUGACAAUUUGUAUUCAGAAAUGGUCAAUAAAAAGAAGAAU